AUGCAGCGCGAAUCUCCCUUAAUCCUCAUCCCCCAUCUAGGUCCACACUUUACGUCCCUCGUAUGGUCAUGUCUUGACGCCGAUCUACACAAGUCCGCCUUGUUCUAUGCUGAGCGGUAUUUUGUUCUCGACACAAAUAACCAUGAUGCGCGACAUCUGUAUGCCACAGCAUUGCUACGUGCUGGUCAUCCUCACUCGGCACACUACCUCGUAAACCCGCCGAUCGACAAUUGGUGUGGUGGCUGUCUAGAGAUCAAGGCAAGGUGUUGCGCCACACUAGGGAAACACAGGUUAGCUCGUGAGGCUGUAGAGGCAAGCUUACGGAUUCCGUCGUAUACCCCGAGUGCAUCGAUGGGUACUCGGACAGCCAAAAACUUCCCAGAGGAGUCCGUGCUACACUGUCGCGCUGGUACGAUGGCUGCGAAAGAUAACUUAGUCGAAGGGGCGUCUGCUAGCUUCCGCCAAGCUUUGGCGCUCAAUCCCAUGCUAUGGGAAGCAUUCGAGGGCCUAUGUGCAAUUGGCAACGUCCCGGAUGUCGACGAGAUCUUUCCGCCCCGACCACUGCCGAUCAAGCAAACACCACCCACUGAAGCCAAGGUUCCUGUAGCGACAGGUGCUGGAUUUUUCACGCCUGAGGCUGGCAACGGCGGUAACCUCUUUCGCGGCUGGAAGCCUGAUGCAGGCCUACCUCAAUCGUUCCUUCCCGCUGGGCCACGCGAUUCACUAGCAACAAACGAUUCGUCCUUAUAUCCGGAGGCGUCUUUCAUACAAGGAAACCUUCGGCCUAGCUGGUCGCAACCGACCGGAUCGUUGGCUGCCCAACCACCAGCUGUGCGUCCCCUUUCUUCCGCAGAUGAGGCGGGCCCGGUAACCAAGAAGCUCCGGUCUGGUGUGCGGCAGCGCACGGCUCCUCCCCCCUCGGCUACCGCGAAUUCGAACACGAUGCUAAAAUCAUCCAAGUCGAUGGGGACCCUGCUCCCAGCGGACGAUCGUUCGAAAAGCUCAAAGGCACGCGCACGCCCGGCCCUGACAAUUGCUAACAUCUUCUCAUCUUCCGGUCGUGCCCAGACUGCGGCAAUGUCGACCAGACCACAUGCUGGCAAUGUCGGUAUUGGAAAGAGCUCGCGCGAGCAACAACCAAUCCCCAUUGGUGGCACCCGGCGAAGCACGCGCCUACUGAGUGGGUCGAGUACCAAGCCUACGGCUACGAAGCAUACAGCUACACGUGAGCGGCGACGAGUUCAGACGCGUGCGCGCUCGAGCACCAUGGAAUCCGAUAUGGACGAAGAACCUGUCCCCGCAGGUGGGCAGGCAGCUUUCUCGCCCUCACCUCCGCCGAUAGCAGAGUCCCCACGUGCAGAUACCUCUCCAGGACCAAGCAACUGGACCGCCGCACAGGAACAGGCCGCGCAAGAAGCAUAUGACGCCGAGCUCGCGGAUUGCCACAUUUACGAACUCAUGCGGAUGUUUGCGCACGCGACAAGAGCGAUGGCACUAUAUGAUUGCAGGGCUUGCCUCGAGGAGCUUGAAAAACUCCCGACCGCACAUCAAAGGUCCGCUUGGGUCAUGGCCAUGGUGGGUAAGGCUCAUUACGAACUCGGCGAGUAUGCUGCAGCGGAACGCGCGUUUGAAGCCGUGCGAAACCUUGAUCCCUAUCGCUUAUGGGAUAUGGAAGUGUUCUCCACGCUUUUAUGGCAUCUGCAGCGUAACGUGAAGCUGUCCUUCCUCGCGCAAGAACUAGUGGCAACGGACCCGCGGUCGCCGCAGGCAUGGAUCGCGGUUGGGAACUGCUUUUCCCUGCAGAAGGAACGGUCACAGGCUCUGACCUGCUUCCGACGCGCGGCACAACUUGAUCCCAACUGUGCGUACGCGUACACGCUCAGCGGACACGAGUCGAUCGACGAGGACCUCGAUAAGGCCAUCAACUUCUUCCAGUCUGCUUUACGUGCUGAUCCACGGCACUACAACGCCUGGUACGGAUUGGGCACAUGCUAUAUGCGAAUGAGCAAGCUGCGUCUCGCAGACUACCAUUACCGGAAAGCGGCCCAGAUUCAUCCCCAGAAUGCCGUUCUGCUUGGCUGCGUGGGCAUGGUCACCGAGCGAAUGAACGAUCAAGAAGGUGCGCUGCGGCUAUUCGACCAGGCCGUUCGACUAUCACCCGACAAUGCGCUUGUUCGUUAUCGUCGGGCCAAAAUCCUUAUCGCGCUCAAGAGAUACACGGAGGCCGUGGCCGAUCUGGAGUACCUCCGCGACUCAUCGCCGGAAGAGUCAAACGUGAUCUUCCAGCUGGCGAAGGUAUAUCGACUGCUCGGAGACGAGGUGAAGUCGGCACAACUACUGGCGGUGGCGCGAGACGUGUCACCGAAGAGUGUCAACAAGAUUCGGAAGCUGUUGGAAACUGUCAAGGACACGGAAGCGGCAGACGUGAUGGACGAGGGAUGA